CUUGCCGCCACAUUAAACGAGAGGCUGAUACUUAGCAGCUCGGAGGCGACUCCGUGCAGCGCAAUGGGCAGCGCAGACCCGCUGGUCUCCAUCGCACAGCCUCCUGCCCAGUCGGUUGGUGUCCUCAAGCUACCCGCCGAGAUUAUAUUCGAGAUCUUGUCUCUACUCGACGUCUCGGACCUGCUUGAAGUUCGCAAGACAUGUAUGGAUAUAUGCCGGCUGUCCCAAGAUCGAUCCGUUUGGCUCAGGAUGCUUCUCAGUCAACGGUCGCAAGUCCCUAUACCCUCACCAUAUGAUGGCGAUCCUACCAACGCUACUCUUACUCUGGGAUCUGACGUCCUGGAACGACUGGUGCUCUCGAUAUAUUAUACUGAACGCUCUUGGCUACUUCCUCGCGCUCCCCCGAUUGCUUUGGGCUUCCCAGACCAGUCGGUCACUGCCCGUUUCUCCGAACAAAGCGGAAACACUGCUCUUUUUAUGGAGGUUCUUGCCGAUCGUUGGCUUCUGGCUAUAUACAAUGAGGGUCUGCUAUAUAUCUGGGAUCUCUUCGUCAAUGGGAACACGCCUAUCUCGACCUAUCGAAGAGCGGGUCUUGCGCCAGAAACAAAUUGCCGCUUCAGCACGCAGUUGUCUACAGAUGCUCUACUAUCGUCUGCGUGCGCGUCGUUGAGUGAAGAUAAUACCAUGUUAUUCAUUGCAACCGUUUCACAACAAGAUAUCACGGUCUCAAGUAUGCAACUACCCCCACAUUCGGACUCGAACGUGACUGGAAGUGUCGAGCUAACAGUCCAUACAAUACGAGUGUGGAAGCUGCCCAACCCCGCCCUGUCGGUUCGCGCAAUCCAUCCGGCUUCCAACUUCGCGUUCUUCUCCUAUUCGGACACUCUUGUGCUACUCCAGUGGGACUACGGGAAGGUGUGGCAACUGCAGACAAUUGAUCCGGUGAAUGACGAAGACUUCUGGACUGGUGUUAUUGCCGCGAAGUUCAUUUCGCCACGCCACAUACUUUGUUUCAAGACACAUGACGUGGAACUGCUCGCUUUGCCAAACACAUUCUCGCCCAACACCGGUCUAUCCAGCGGCUCCACCUCCGGAACAAACGUGUCUCACGGUCUUGUUCCAAUCAGAGCCUUCUCCCACUUCUUCCCUGGGCUGACCUUCAGAGGCGUCUCCGUGUCGGACCCAGAAGUUUCGUUAAGCGGUAUUCGCGCAGAGACCCGUGUCCGGGUCUCGUUCCUUGCGUACGACAUCCUACGAGGCCUCUUCCAUUUCCGUGUCUCAGUGCUUCUCCCUCCACUCGCCGACACAAGCGGCGACAUGCCAGACAUCCCGCCACCGCACAUGGCCGUGCGCCUACUCGCAGUACAUCGCUUGGCACAGCUAUAUACGACUUCCGGGGACGGUGUCGCCAACGUGCCUCGGUCCAGGAGUGGCUUCACGCCCGGGUCGCGUGGUUUUGUGUCGGCGUGCUUCAUGGGACGCACGGGCAAACGCGGUGUCUGGAUCGAGCGCAGACGCGGCAGCAUGCGGAGAAGCGUCAUCGCGUUCAGUACUGCGUUGGAUGCCCUAGACGAGGACGACUUCCUUGAUAAUGAAGUGCAUGCUGCGCCCGCUGGGGAGGGGAGCCGUUUAGACAGCGAACUGGAGCAGCAGGACUGGACGUUACAAGGCGAGGCGAGGACGAUCGACGGACGGGUCAUCUAUGAAGUGAAUUCCUACGACCUCCGAGACGAUAUCACGCAUUGCGCGUUCGCUGAAGCCAUGGGCACAGUAGUGCUUGGCAACCGCAAGGGAGAUCUCAAUCUACUAUGAACGGUAACCUCAUCGUAGACGACUCGAGGAUGACACGAUCUCGAAGCAGCUUUACCCUGAUCCUCUUGCAGCCUCAGUCAUAAAGACUGGGGAAACCCCGGAGAACAACAUGACAGUGUCGAUUUCUAAUGCACAGAAGUUGCUACAAUUUAUAAGGCAGGAUACAAUCUAGCUUCAAUUU